AAUCAGUAGGGAAAUAGGAAAAAUAAUGGCUCUAGAUUUGUGUGCUCGACGCGCCACCAUACGGCAUAGGACGAGCAUCGCUUCAAGGGGUUUAUAGCCGUUCGUGGUCUUUACCCUCUUAGUCUGUGGUUAAAGUUAAAAUCUCGUAAAAUUUUAGCAACUUUGACAAUCAUUUUCUGAUAUCGAAAAAUGAGCCGGAAAAGGAAUCUUGACAACGGGCCAGGCCCAAUUCCUCAACGUUGGCUACACUGUCCUCGAAAAGCCAUUUCUGCAGUGGGAGGCAAAUUUUUAGCAUUUAAAACGCCACUGGAUGCAAGAUACGAUAGUCAAGUUGACGAUGAAUAUACUUUUCACCCUGAAAUGGUAUUUUCAUCAGCCAAAAAUAUGCUGAAGUUGAAAAUUGGCCUUUGGAUCGAUCUUACUAAUACCAGCCGGUACUACGACAAGAAUGUAGUAGAACAAAAGUCAUGCAAGUACGUGAAACUCGAAUGCAAAGGACACAGUGAAACUCCCAACCCUGAAACUGUGGACCUCUUCAUCAAAAUUUGCACGGAAUUCAUUUCAAAGAAUCCGUCACAAAUAAUUGGAGUACACUGCACCCAUGGCUUCAACCGAACUGGCUUUCUCAUUGUUUCAUACUUGGUAAAGGCCAUGAAAUGGUCAGUAAAAGAUGUGGUCAAUGAAUUUUCUAUAGCAAGACCCCCUGGAAUCUACAAGGAGGACUAUACACGACAACUAUUCACUCUCUAUGGUGACAUAGAUGACACCCCACCUGCUCCUGCCUUGCCAAUGUGGCAUUGUGAGGCUGAUGAUGAUACCCACAUCAAAGAAAAAACAGAAGCUGUUGAUGACAGCGAAGAUGAUGACCAAGCCGGCGGCAGUACGGGAGCCAAGAAGAAAAAACCACGCCGAGAAGUGGCACAAGACAAAGCCAAAUUCAUGGAAGGGAUACCCAACGUGAAGCCUACUGAUAUGGAUAUUACAACCAAAGUCCAAUCAAGGAUCAAAAGUCUCACGGGCUUCACAUCAUCUGGAUUCCCCGGCUGUCAGCCGGUUUCCAUGGACAAGAAAAACAUUAAACUAUUGGAAAAUCCAUACAUGGUGUCAUGUAAAGCUGACGGCACCAGGUAUAUGUUGUAUAUCAUGGGACAAGGACAGGUCUACUUUAUAGACAGAGACAACGCAGUGUUUCAGAUCGAAGGUGUGUCGUUCUUCUCUUCGCACAUUGACAAGCAUCAUUUGGUUAACACCUUAGUAGACGGUGAGAUGGUCAUUGAUAAGGCAAACGGGAUGCGCCAUCCGCUUUUUCAAGAACAUUUUACGAUCCGCUAUCGUACGAUCUUGGAAGAAAUAAUUGAGCCGCGAGUGGUUGCCAUGAAAUCGGGACGGAUUAUCCGAGAACGUGAGCCGAUCGGCAUUGAACAGAAAGAAUUCUUGCCCGUGGCAGCUACUUUCACUCUUUUAGGAGAGAAGUUUAUGACACAACUUCAGCAUGAAGCUGAUGGUCUCGUUUUCCAACCAAUACAAGAGAGCUAUACACCAGGUCAGUGCCCUUCCGUCUUGAAGUGGAAACCACCUUCUCACAAUUAUGUUGAUUUUCGACUAAAAAUUGUUACCGAUAACCGUCGUGGCAUGUUGAGAGAAAAGAUAGGUAAUUUGUAUGUCGGUGGGAAGAAAGACCCCUUUGCGAUAAUGAAAGCUACCAAGGAGAUGGUCCCCCUUGACAAUAAAAUUAUUGAAUGUCGAUAUGAAAAAAUGAACAACGGCGGCGAAGGCAAAUGGGUCUUUAUGAGGGAAAGAAAAGACAAAAGCUUCCCCAACAGUUACCAUACUGCUACAGCUGUCUGUAGAAGUAUCAUUGAACCGGUGACCAAGGAGAUACUAGAGGACUUUGUAUCUCUUAUUCUUCUUAAUCGGAGGUCUCCGCCUCAGCGAAGACCGCAGUAGCAGCUAAUUGCAGCUAAUUCGUCGUGUUCAGUUUUAUACAUCUCCCACACUACUUUUCCUUUUGACGUCGCUCAGUAUUCCGCUAACUGUUUUAAAUUCUUUAAGGUGUUCCGAGGUGCGACUUUUUUCUAAAUUAAUUUGCCAAAGAAGAAUAAAUGUUUAAUUUAACCGUGAAGACAAGGUGCUUCACUUUAUUUUGUCUCAUUAAUGAUCGAGUGCAUACACUGUAGAAAGUUGGGAGUAAAUAAUAGGGGUUUGAACCAUCGA